AUGGCGACGUCGGUUUAUGACGAAGAACAAAUUCGAACUGUACUAAAGUUUAUCUUGCAUCUCAACGAUACAAAUCACAAUUUACGUCGUUUAGUAGGUGAUNUCCUGGCUCCGUCGGGUUUGUUCCUUUUUGCUUUUCAACCUUCGCAUAUGUAUAUUGACUCCAAUGCUCGACAUUGUGAAAUAUCGUUGCCAUCAGUCAUUCAAAUAAGUUAUUUAUCCAUCGCACAAUGGCGACGUCGGUUUAUGACGAAGAACAAAUUCGAACUUAGGUGA